AUGGUGUUCGAUAGACUGAGAGGAAUCGAAAGAGAAAAUUUGCCUCUUUCCCGGCGACAAACUGUUAACGAUCAGGAAACUGAAGCUCAGGAAAAUAUUCUCUCCUCCGUUGAUAGAAAAACGCCCAAAGAACACCAAAUAGGUAAGUGAUUUAGACAUAUUUAGUCAAGAACGUCUGACAGACAACUUUCCAUGGUCAAUGGCCAGGCUUGCUCCAAAUUAAAUAGCGUUCAAGUCAUUCAAUGAAAUGUGGUUGAAAUUAAUUAAAUGAUCUUACUUGAAAUGAAAUUCAACAGAAAUUCGAUUAACGAAAUCGUUAAAGUGGGGUAAAUUAAUGUCAAUAAAUGUUUUGGCAUCCAAUCUACUGUGAAACAUCAGCGAGGUUAAAACUGCUGCACUCACGUUUUUGCAUAAUAUUAUUGUGCGUAUACAAUAAUAUUAUUAGAAUAUCCAAAACCAUAAAUUAGGAGCAUAGAAACAGGAGCCAUUUUUCUCUUUUGUUCUAAAAGCUUAGGCUUAAAAAAAAUGUUUCAGCCUUGUCAAACGUUCUGCUUCUACUAUGCCAAACUAAUUUCAUAAGUUAUAAAUGCACUAAACACUUUUACAUUAUGUUUUGUUUCUGACAGAAGGUAUUUUAUUUCACUGAAUUUGUCUGCAACCAAGUCAUGCCACUGUUGAGCCAGCUUAGAAUAAUAAUCAAUUCAUAGGUUUCUUAAACACAGCCAAAAAAAAUAUGUUCUGAUGUUAUCAGUUACAAUGAAUGUCAGCCAUCUUUAUCAAAACUAAAACGUCAGAAGGUGUCAGGAUUCCUCAGUAAGUUCCAUUCGCUAGUCCCAUGAUGAGCUUUGGGAAUCGUCAUGGUGCCUGUUCAAGUGAUAAAAUUUUGUUUCACUAUCUCAGCUGAUUUGCUUUACAAAAUUUAGAUAUCCCACCAAAAAGGCUGGGAUAGAAGUUCGAACUGAGACUACAGCUGUUGAUGGUUGGGACAUGAUAUUGGAUUUCUAAGUCCUCCUUUAAUUAUCUUCCCCUCACAUGAUGAAAUUGUUUUACACAGUCAUGCACAGUGGAUAAAAUAUUAUUCAUUUAUACAAUAUUUAGCAGUACACACCACCAUCUGAACUGCUAACCAUAUGGCUAAAUUAUAGUAUUAAUGUUAUUGUGAUAACUUGUUUUGACAGAAAGCUCCCAAAGACUUGUUGGCUUUGCUAUUGGAACAGGAAGGUAAUAAAAUGAGGAAGGAAAGAUAUAUGCAGGAGUUUUCUUUACAUGAGUUAUACUUCCCCUAAAUCUUCUUCUCAUGAUAAUGUGUGUGUCAUAUGUGUCUUUCUUUCUUAGUAUUUUAGCUGCUCAGUUUCUGACACAUCCAUUCACAGUCUUUAGAAGACAAUGCCAGGUACUUGCUAACUACUUCUUUUAGCUAAUAAGUGCCUGUCUGCCAAGCAUUAGCUGGCCGCCGGUUCAACUCUGCCCUCACCAACCUUCAGGGUCCUAAACAAGAUGAGGAGAAUGUACUGCCUUUGCAAUAACAUUCGCAAACAGGUAGCAGGCGCAGAUCUAGAAUAAAGACUGAUGGAUUUCCUAUUUCUAGUAAGGUCUGGGGGCAUGCUCCCCUGGAAAAUUUUUUGGAUUUUAACUCCCCAAAGUUCCCUUUCUGGGGUUUCUGACUCAUUCAGUCAGGAUAUUUACCAACUGUCCAAACCAUUUUCCAGAUUUUGACUUGGAAAGUUUAAUUAAGUUUUUUACUAAAAAUAUAUUCGUUAUGAAAAUCCGACCGAUUUCCAUAAAAUUGUGGAAAUCAGUAUGGAUCUGCACCUGGUUAGGUUUUAUAGCAUACUUAAAUGAGGAGGAUAAACUAUAGAGGUCUUGUCUUAUAACCCUUGCAUUUAUAAAUUCUGUAUGAGGUUAAACAACCCACAAGCUUUUGGUAAAGAGUAGAGGGCAUAGUUCCUGGUGCGGUGAUCUUUCUCAAAUUCAUAUUCCAUAAUUUAGCAGGACAUUCAUAGCCAGGAUUACCUCAUAAGAAAACAGUUAAACUGCGCCACAAGCAGCUUGGAAAAAAGUUCUCUAAACAGUAUUGUAAAUUACUCUAUCCAUGAAAAACUCCAAAGGGGAGUGGAUAAUUUAUUAUAACUUACGAUAUUAUUAUUACAAUUAACAAGUCAAUGUCUAACUGUAAAGAAGCCAAACUUCCCAAAGCGUUUCUCUUAUUCCAAUCUCUCCAAGUUUGAAAUGGUUGGACACCUUUUCAAUUAAGUGUGUCUUCAGUGUUUUUAUCCAGAUCAGCAGUAACUACAAGCUCAGAACUGUAGACUACUGCAGACUUUCUGCAUAUUUUAAAGGUGCCUUUUUUCUGUGUUAACCCUAUUCUGACCUGCACUGUUCCUUUUUGUGUGUAACAGGUAAAUCAUGGAGCCAGAAAGUAUCACCUGUCUCCAUUCACUGUUUUCCAGAUACUUCUCAGGGUUAAAAAAAAUCAGGUAAAGAAUUGUUUUAAAGUAUGUAACUAUGAUGUAAGUACUUUAAAGAAUACUCAUUUGAUUAGUUGUUUCAAACAUUAUAAGUCAUGUCAACUUUUGCACUGUUUCAGAGCUAUGGUGCAUUAUGGAAGGGUUGUGGUAGUACAUAUGUUGUGUGUGCUGUUAACUUCUUCAGUGAAGCAGGCAUCAGUAGUUUGACUCAUCUGCCUCAGUAAGUUAAACAUGCAUUUGCACUUAAUAAUAUUUGAAUCUGUAAGAAGCAGCUCUUCUGGUAACUUGUGAUAUGAAGCCGAAAGUGUCUUUCAAUAGGGUAAAUUGUAUUGUUCUGAAAUAGCUGACCAGGUAUAAGAGUAUUCAAAAUCAAGUAGAUAUCUUAGCCUCCUUGGUGGAUGUUCUUGUGGCUCAUCAUAGUUACCAUUACAGUAGAUAAUUAUUUAUUUCCAUGUGGAUGGCAUUUUGAAGAAACUGAUAAGGAUACCUGUUAGCGACAAAGACCAUGCUUGGAAAUGUGAGUUGCCUGUCUCUCUGACUGAAAAUAACAACAACAUCCUUAUCAGGGCUCCAAAAAACUUGAAUCCCAGCUUAGUUCAAAUAUUCUCCUGAUUGCACAACUCAGAUUUUUUCCUUUCUAAGGUGCCUUUGUCAACUAUAAAAGCAACAUUUUAAAAUCCAAAUUACCCUAUAAAAGCUCUUAAUUUUAUAGCACAAAUAGGCUGGCCAUCAUGAACAUUUUGUAAUAUGAAUGUACUGUAAAAGGGGGCUUUUGAAAAGUCAUGCCAUAGGAAUUGCGAUGUUCAUGUUCAAGUCCCUGGGAUGAAGUAAUAAUGAUUAUAGUAUUAACACAUUUGUUCUUAAUUUUUAACAUCUAGGGAUGCUCCUAAUCAUAAAAGUUCUUGUAAGGAUGUAGGGGGCCAUCUUCUCCUAAAAGGGUGAGUACCCUUGUCUUCAUAUUGUGUACAGUGUAAUAAUAAUAUUGAACUGUUUAAAAGGAAUUACAUUUGACUAUGUGUAAGUAGAAAAAAAGGCAAGAAGUCAAAAGAGGCAAGGACCUCUUAGGAAGACGGAGUCUGAGGUGCUAGCUAUCAUCCUAUUGUUGAUAUCUCAAUAAUGAAAUGAAUUUUUGGGUUUGGUUUUUCUUUUUAAGAUUAAGUUUGGCCAUCAGUAUGCCGGUUGCGGCCACAAGCUUGACAGAAACAGUGAAGGUAAAACUCUCUUCCUCAGUUUGGACUUUUUAAUAAUGAUAAAUAAAUUGUAAGCUUGCAGCCUCCAAUACUAGACCUACACUCAUUAUGAAAUGGAGCAAGUUAAUUGUGAAGGUGUAAUCUUAUAACAGUAACAGUUAAUUGUGCUUGGAGAUCCUCUGAUAAGUACAUGUAUCUUUUUGUUUUAAUGAGAGGCAACUUAAAAGAUUUAUUUUUUAAAAAAGUCUUUCUUUGUACCAAUAACUAUUACUUAACCAGUUAUAUCUAUGGUAACUUGCAAUUCGGCAUUCCUUUUUGAGAUUGUAGGAAAGUUGGCAGAUGCAACAGCAGAAAAAAGAACUUCUGAUCUUUUAAUAUAGCUUUCAAACCCAGACAUAUUUCCAGUCACCCAGAGACGAGUGGAAACAGUGGCGGAUCCAGGGGGGGGGGGGGGGGGCCCGACUCCCCCCUUAUUUUUAGCCCAAACUGCUUUUUUUGGAGACUGCCCCCCUCAUCUCAGGAUCUGAUGACCCCCCCCCCACCCCAUCUGCAUUUGCAGCCUACCAUUAAUAAUGUAUUGCCUCUUGCAGAGUGACCUCACACGUGAUCAAGACAACAUGCUAGACAGCUUAAAGGACUGGAUGUACCGUGUUGUUGGCUGGGAUAGGUCCUCAGGUCGCCAUGGCCGUCUUCUACCCAUGUGGACCCUGAUAUUACCCACAGUGCUUCACGGUCUGCUAACCUACAUUCUGGGCACCUUGAUCCAGCACCUGGUACUGAUAAAAAUGAAGGGAAGAGGUCUUAGUUUGUCACGUGAUCAGCAUCCUACGUCAUCCGACGACGAACCUCCAGAUUCCACAGACAUGACGCAGACAUACUACCCAGAGCUUGUAGGCAAUUUUCUUGCACUGUUCAUCCCGGAAAUUUUGUUGUAUCCACUGGAAACAGUUCUCAAUCAACUGUAUGUUCAGGGCACGAGGACCAUCAUCGAUGAUUUAGACACUGGUAGUGGUGUUGUGCCACUAUGCACUAACUAUGGUGGUGUAUUUGACUGUUUUCGUUCCAUUUGGAGAGAUGAGGGUCUUGGAGGGUUUUACAAGGGUUUUGGUGCUUUGUUAAUCCAGUUGUUUAUUCACUGGUUCAUUCUCAAACUGACUCAGUUUGUGUACAGAGAGAUGUCCCAGGAUUUUAAGGGCAAAUAACUCGCACAGGAUCUUUAGAGAAUUUGUUAAGAAGUUAUUAAGGGAACUCUUUUAUUACUGGCCUCUGCUUGUCUUAUAUGAACGCAUCUUUUGUGAUAUCGGCAAGUUUCAUCUUUAUGUGACUUUUUACGAGAGUAUGAAAGUCGUGCGACGUUUACGUGACGAGAGUACAGAGAAAUUUAAGUAUCACGUGUACAACAAUGAGCACAGAUGACUACACGACCAUGAAAAGGGAGGACUAUAGGAAGCUUUGGACGAGGGUGUGUCGCUGUAACUCUGAAACCCUUGGCAUAUAUAUAAGCCAUGUUCAAUACACUUGAGUCAAGUCGACCUCUGGAGUUUAACUGCAGAAAAGCUGUAAAUCGAGUGGAUCUAGCUUUUUAGGCUGUAUAAAGUAGGACGAAGGUACCAAAAAUCAUUAUGAACCAGAAACACCAAGUUUUCAUGAGCUUUCUUGUAAAUGAUCUUUUUUCCGUAGAUGACGGCCUUUUCACUAGAUUUUUAUCCCCGGUCCCAGAUUAAGCGACUUGAAAACCACAUCCUUUUCAGCGGCACAUCCUUUAUGGUCCAUAUAUGGCAGUACGCUCCCCCCCGGGGGGAGGGGAGGGCAGGGGUAGCUGCGUGUGUAAGCUUCUGAGUAAAUCAUUUGUUGGCGUGCGCUAAAUUACAUUAAC